AGUGAUAUUUCUGUUAACUCUCACUCAGCCAUGCAAAUUUUCGUGAAGACUCUCACGGGUAAGACCAUUACCCUCGAUGUCGAAGCUUCUGAUACUAUCGAGAAUGUGAAGGCGAAGAUCCAGGACAAGGAAGGUAUCCCUCCGGAUCAGCAGCGUCUCAUCUUCGCCGGCAAGCAAUUGGAGGAUGGCCGAACCCUUUCGGACUACAACAUCCAGAAGGAGUCGACCCUUCAUUUGGUUCUUCGUCUUCGUGGUGGUAUGCAGAUCUUCGUUAAAACUCUCACCGGUAAGACCAUCACUCUCGAUGUUGAGGCUUCUGAUACCAUUGAAAAUGUGAAGGCGAAGAUUCAAGAUAAGGAAGGUAUCCCUCCGGAUCAGCAGCGACUCAUCUUUGCUGGAAAGCAGUUGGAGGAUGGUCGCACGUUGUCCGACUACAACAUCCAGAAGGAGUCUACUUUGCAUCUUGUUCUCCGUCUACGCGGUGGUAUGCAAAUCUUCGUUAAGACCUUGACUGGUAAGACUAUUACUCUCGAUGUUGAAGCUUCCGAUACCAUCGAGAAUGUCAAGGCCAAGAUUCAAGAUAAGGAAGGUAUUCCUCCGGAUCAGCAGCGUCUCAUCUUCGCCGGCAAGCAGUUGGAGGAUGGUCGUACUCUCUCGGACUACAACAUCCAGAAGGAGUCGACCCUUCAUUUGGUGUUGCGUCUCCGAGGUGGUAUGCAGAUCUUCGUUAAGACCUUGACUGGUAAGACUAUCACUCUCGAUGUUGAAGCUUCUGAUACCAUUGAAAAUGUGAAGGCGAAAAUUCAGGAUAAGGAAGGUAUCCCUCCGGAUCAGCAGCGUCUUAUCUUCGCCGGAAAACAACUAGAAGACGGUCGCACUUUGUCCGACUAUAACAUCCAGAAGGAGUCGACCCUUCAUUUGGUUCUUCGUCUUCGUGGUGGUAUGCAGAUCUUCGUUAAAACCCUCACCGGUAAGACCAUCACUCUCGAUGUUGAGGCUUCUGAUACCAUCGAGAAUGUCAAGGCCAAGAUUCAAGAUAAGGAAGGUAUCCCUCCGGAUCAGCAGCGUCUUAUCUUUGCUGGAAAACAGUUGGAGGAUGGGCGCACGUUGUCCGACUACAACAUCCAGAAGGAGUCUACUUUGCAUCUUGUUCUUCGUCUCCGCGGUGGUAUGCAGAUCUUCGUUAAAACUCUCACCGGUAAGACCAUCACUCUUGAUGUUGAAGCUUCUGAUACUAUCGAGAAUGUGAAGGCGAAGAUCCAGGACAAGGAAGGUAUCCCUCCAGAUCAGCAGCGUCUUAUCUUCGCCGGCAAGCAGUUGGAGGAUGGGCGCACUCUUUCGGACUACAACAUCCAGAAGGAGUCGACCCUUCAUUUGGUGCUCCGUUUGCGCGGUGGCUGUCUGUGAGCUCUCUCUCCUCGAGUUCUGUAGUUUAUUAAGAUAUAGCAUUGCCGUUGAUCUGUUCAACCGAAGCAUUGCUGUUAACUACCUAGUAAGCCCUCUAAUAUUAUUUGAUCGUCGACAGCUGGGGCCUUGCUACUGCUAUUCUACAUAAGCA